AUGGUGUCACAACAGCGAGCAUCUGCUGCGAUGCUCGACCCCACUAUGGAAUUGCCCCUCAAAAUUGCCAUCGAUCCGGUGGCUUUGGUGACCACUGAAUGUAUCACCGUCACCUCGUCCAUGCGCAAGCAUGCCCGCUGGGCUCAUUCCUCCGUCUCCGCCAUCUUGGGCGGCAAUGCAGCCUCUCGUGUCUAUGAGCGGGAUACCUCAGCUCCCCCGAGUCCAAAUCCCCGCAGAAAUGGUCAAUCGACGCUUCGUCCCGACGAAGAUCAUGUCCUGGCCAAUCGAUGGGGUCUGCGAGGGAAGAAGGGCAAGAGCAUGCAGGACAAUCCGUUGAUAUCGGCCUUCACACGACUGCGAAGCGAUCUAAAAGAUUGCAAAGAUAUCCGAACUUUCGAUACACCGGCUUUACUUCACCCAUUCUUACAGGUCAUCCGCUCCUCCUCGACCUCCGCCGCAAUCACCUCUAUCGCUUUGGUCUCUAUCACCAAAUUCCUUUCCUACAAUAUCAUCAAUCCCAAUUCUCCGCGGCUCCCUAUGGCCAUGCAACUUCUCUCCGCUGCAAUCACACACUGUCGGUUCGAAGCUAGCGACUCGUCGGCGGACGAGAUAGUCCUGUUGAGGAUUCUGAAGUUGAUGGAGGGGAUACUUUCACGACCCGAGGGCGAGCUUUUGGGCGAUGAGAGUGUGUGUGAGAUGAUGGAAACAGGAUUAAGCAUGUGUUGCCAAGGUCGUCUGUCAGAGGUACUGCGAAGAUCUGCCGAGAUGGCAAUGAUCAAAAUGUGCCAAGUGAUCUUCAUGCGGCUCUCGCAUCUUGACCAAGAAGUUCCCGCAGGCCCGAAACCGUUCGCAGACGAAGAUACAAAAGAAGACCCAUCAUCUCGUCUCAAGAUGGACCCGUCGGUCAACGGGGACACCGUAACAUCCCAGCACCUGUCAGCCAAUAGCGCAGACACAGCGGCCACAGACCAACGCAGCACCAGCCGAGAGGGUUCACCUGAGCAAGCCGGAAAUACCAGCGCAGCAGCAGAGCCACCGAGCCCGCAAGAAGAUGCCGAAGCGGAGCUUCAGCCUUAUUCUUUGCCGUCCAUCAGAGAAUUGUUCCGUGUCUUGAUCGACCUCUUGGAUCCUCAUAACCGGCAACAUACCGACGCAAUGCGGGUGAUGGCACUCCGCAUCAUUGAUGUCGCUUUGGAGGUGGCAGGUCCUUCCAUUGCUCGCCAUCCGAGUCUGGCCGCCCUGGCCAAGGAUGAUCUGUGUCGUUAUCUCUUCCAGUUGGUGAGGUCCGAACAAAUGGCUAUCUUAACUGGCUCGUUGAGAGUCGCUGGCACAUUAUUAUCGACUUGCCGGCCAGUUUUGAAAUUACAACAAGAACUUUAUAUCUCAUACUUGGUGGCUUGCUUGCAUCCUCGUGUGGAGAUACCCCGAGAACCUGGCAUUGACCCAUCGCUUUACGAAGGCAUCCCACAAGCACCAAAAUUGGUGAAACCGCCACCGUCACAGGCCAGUAGUGGCAGGUCGACACCUGUGCCUGUCAAAGAUCGACAGAAGUUGGGCCUUGAGGGUGGAUCGAGAAGACCCGAAACCAGAGAAGCAAUGGUUGAAAGCAUUGGCGUCUUGUCACGCAUACCUAGCUUUAUGGUAGAGCUUUUCGUCAACUACGACUGCGAAGUGGACCGGGCGGAUCUGUGUGAGGACAUGAUUGGAUUGCUCUCUCGCAACGCUUUCCCCGACUCUGCGACCUGGAGCACUACCAAUGUACCCCCUUUAUGUCUUGAUGCGCUUUUGGGCUAUGUGCAAUUUAUUUACGACCGGUUGGACGAUGAGCAGAUACAGGGAGACUAUCCUCCUCUAGAACAGUUGAGAGAACAACGCCAGACAAAGAAGCUUAUCAUCAAGGGAGCGCAAAUGUUCAAUGAGGACCCUAAGAAGGGAAUCGCUUUCCUUGCAGGCCAUGGUGUCAUCGAGGACGCCAAGAACCCUGUUCUGGUUGCUCGGUUCCUGAAAGGAACUUCGCGCUUGUCAAAGAAGGUACUAGGAGAGUACAUCUCCAAGCGUGACAACGAGGAGUUGUUGGGCGCCUUCGUGGAUCUUCUCGACUUCUCGGGACGCAGUGCAGUUGAAGCACUUCGCGAACUGCUCAGUUCAUUCCGUCUCCCCGGCGAGUCGCCUCUUAUCGAGCGAAUCGUGACGACUUUUGCGGAACAUUACAUGGAAAAAGUGAAGCCUGACGGUAUCGCCGACAAAGAUGCACUUUAUAUUUUGACAUACGCCAUCAUCAUGCUGAACACCGAAUUAUACAAUCCCAAUGUGAAGUCACAAAACCGCAUGACUUGCGCUGGAUUCGCAAGAAACCUGCGAGGCGUCAACGGGGGUGGAGAUUUUGCGGAGGAAUUCCUGCAGGAUAUCUACGAUUCUAUCAAAACGAACGAAAUUAUUCUGCCCGACGAACAUGAGAACAAGCAUGCAUUUGAUUAUGCUUGGAAGGAACUGUUGCUGAAGACUUCAACCACCGGCGACGUCAUAGUUGGAGAGACCAACGUCUAUGAUGCCGAAAUGUUCCAAGCUACGUGGAAGCCAGUGAUCGGGACCCUUUCAUAUGUUUUCAUGUCUGCUUCAGAUGAUGCAGUGUAUUCCCGUGUUGUCAAUGGGUUCGACCAGUGCGCACAGAUCGCGGCUCGCUACGGCUUGACUGAGGCGUUUGAUCGUAUUAUCUUCUCUCUCGCAUCGAUUAGCACUUUGGCUACUAGCAAACCACCGAGCACAGCACUCAACACAGAGGUCCAGGUAGGCCAGAAAAGUGUGAUGGUCAGCGAGCUGGCCGUCAAAUUUGGCCGAGAUUUCAGAGCACAAUUGGCAACAGUGGUGCUCUUCCGAGUCCUCUCCUCAAACGAGGCAGCUGUCAAACAUAGCUGGGGUUACAUCGUCCGUAUUUUGAGUAACCUGUUCAUCAACUCUCUUAUCCCGCCGUUUGAUGCCGAGCUCACGGCGGAGCUUGAAAUCUCACCAAUUCCACUACAACCUCCGUCACAGGUGGUCGAUCGGGAUGGACGCAACAAUGACACGGGAAUCUUAUCUGCAUUUACAUCUUACCUUUCAAGCUACGCAGCAGAUGAUCCCCCUGAACCCUCAGAUGAAGAACUUGACAACACACUUUGCACAGUGGAUUGUGUCACAGCGUGUUCAAUACCCGAGAUCUUAAGAAAUAUCCAAUCCCUCCCACCAUCUUCAUUGGAGAUGCUCGUGGAGGCUUUACUGUCCUCGCUUCCUGAAGAGAAUGCACCAGCAGUCAUUGUCGUAAAACCUGAACGGCCGACACCAAGUUCAAGAGCUGCAAGCAGCAGAACGGAUCCUAACCAGCCCAAAUAUGAUCCCGCGAUGAUCUUCGUUCUGGAAUUAGCAACUGUGCUGACACUUCGUGAUGAGAAGACCCUGGAGGUUCUUGGUGAAAACUUGGCAACAACGCUGCAAACACUUGUGCGCGAUGCGAAGAAUCUCCAUCCGCUGGCUCUUUCUCGUGUUGUCUCUUACCUCUUGAACCUGUUACGCUUGAGCCACGACCAACACUUCAUGCGGGUACCUGUUGUGCUGCAUGCUAUUUCUGGAUUCGACCAGGACAUCUUGGAAACCGUGGCUACGCCCACAGUGAAGGGUCUCUCUAGAUGCAUUGCUCAUACAGGGCGUCUACGAAACGAGAUCACAAUUUCUCCGGAUUUCUGGUCAAUCCUCCAAAGACUCCACCAACAUGAGGCGGUCGCUUCCCUUGUCUUCGAUCUCCUCCAAAGCAUUGUCGAGUCGAUGCCCGAUAUCGUCACCGCCGAUAAUUACGAGUUUGUAGUCAGCCUGGCCAACGACUUCGUCAGUGCCGGACGUGUAGGUUCCAUCGAAGAACGGCACAGAGAUGUUCAGGCCCGUCGUAAUAAGGGCAUCAAGCAAGCAAAGACAAGGUAUGUGACCAUCCAUUCAUUCAGCGGUGUUGAUACUGACGAACCCGCCCAUAGUGAGAACCAAGUCGUGACUCGCGGCGUCAAGGCAAUCGGCCUGAUCUAUCACCUGACUGGACGAGUCCCGGUUCUUAUCAAACAGUCUCACCUCGAGGAGAGCGAAGCCUGGGCCGCCUACUGGUCACCCAUCUUCCAGUCGUUGACCAGUCAAUGCAUCAACCCGUGUCGCGAUAUCCGACACCACGCCAUCUCCACAUUACAGCGAUCUCUUCUAUCCGCCGAACUGGUCUCAAGCGAUGACAAGGAGUGGACUAGCAUCUUCGACGAAAUCCUAUUUCCACUUGUCCUACUUCUUCUGAAGCCAGAGGUUUACCACUCCGACCCCGUAGGGAUGAGCGAGACCAGAUUCCAGGCCGCAACGCUCGUCUGCAAGAUCUUCCUGCGCUUCCUUGACCAGCAGCCCAACCGCACGGGCGUGCUUCCUCUCUGGCUCAGGAUCCUGGACAUCCUCGAUCGCAUGAUGAACAGCGGUCAGGGUGAUAGUCUUGCGGAAGCAAUCCCCGAAAGCUUGAAGAACAUCCUUCUCGUGAUGGCUGAUAGCGGCUACCUCGUGCCACCAUCCCAAGACCCAAGCAAGGAAGAGCUCUGGGUCGAGACUCGGAAACGUCUCGGCCGCUUCUUGCCGGACCUUUUCUUGGAGAUCUUCCCUGAAACCGCCAAGGAGCCAGAGAAGUCCCGCCCAAGCUCUACCCUCUUAUCCGCACAACAGCCGGAUGAGGUGGAACAGGCUAGUGAGGUAGAGCCUAAGACCGAGGAUACCCUGCCUCAGCCCGAUAGUGGCGAGGUAGAGGCAGUUAACACCGGGACUCCGUCUCCCGAAGGCGUUGAGGGAAGUACAUAA